AUGGACUUCCCUCAAAAUAACCAACAACUUGGUCGCACCACGAACCGCCUGGCACUUUAUCAGCAACAAAUCUCCCCCGCCCCGCACAUCAAAGACUCAGACCCAAUCAACCAACCAACCACCAUGGCAGCGCGCGACCCCAUCACCUGCCAUUGCCUCAACACUUUAUCAGGAACACCUGCAGCCAACCUGCCAGUGACCCUGACCCUCCUCUCCACCACGACAUCCGCCGCCAGCGGCAUCUCAUUCAGCGCAACCACAAACGCCGACGGCCGCGUCGCCAACUGGACACCAGUCGGAACAAGCUCACUAUCGGUCCCUGCUAUCUUGGCUGCCCUGCCUGCUGCAGACAGCAAGACCGACUGGUCUGUGCGCUUUGACGUGGGCCCCUGGUACGAGGCCCAGGGCGUCGAGAGCUUCUGGCCAGAGGUUGAGGUUAAGUUCACUGUCAAAGGACGUGGUCGUGAGGGUGUAGAGGGCUGGCGCCAUUAUCAUGUUCCUGUCCUCCUGGGUCCUUGGAAUUACUCGACUUAUCGGGGUUCGUGA